GGUAGGUACAAUAUCGCGAUAAUAUCAGCUUGUGCGCCUGUGAUCGGAUUCUGAGCGAUGGAAGAUCUUGGAAGUCAUAUGGUGGAUGUCGUGUGUGGAUGGAAAGCAACACAAGCUAUGUCUCGCCUUGGUGACCAUGCCCAUUGCUGCUACAAGGCCGUAGGCAAGGGGCUCGUGGUCAUUUAAAGACACUAUACGAUGCUUGACUUACCAGAUGUAGUCGGUCAUUGCGCUCCGUUCCUUAUCGAGGAGAACAUGAGAAGUCAGUAACACCAUCUCAAACUGUGGAAGACAUAUAAGAGAAGAUUCGAACACAGCAUAUCUCCAUCAAAGCAACGACACUCGCUAUCUGAAGCUUCACAGAUCUUCUCUCUUACAGUCUCUAUCAUGUACACCUCCGCGCUCUUUCUCGGCGCUCUUGCCGUCUUCCUCGACACCGCAUCCGCCCAUGGCUUCGUCAAGGGUGUCAACGUGAAGGGAACCUUUACCAACGGCUCUGACCCAGUUUGGUACUACUAUGCCAAGGAUGCUCGUCCUCAAACUGCAGGCUGGGAUGCCCUGAACCAAGACAUCGGUUUCGUCGAGCCGAACUCCGUCGGCACUGCAGACGUGAAUUGCCACAAGAGCGCCACAGCUGGACGUCUCUAUGCCAAUGUCAAUGCCGGUGACACUAUCGAAUUUGAAUGGAGCACUUGGCCCGACAGCCACAAGGGCCCGAUCAUCAACUACAUUGCACCUUGCAACGGUGAUUGCACCACUUUGACACCAGGUGCUCUUCGCUGGUCAAAGAUUUCUCAGUCGGCUAUCAUCAGCCCCGGAACCUGGGUCACAGAUAAGCUCAUUACGGACAAGUUCAAGGUCUCUACUGUUCUUCCAGCCAAACUUGCACCUGGCAACUAUGUCAUCCGCCACGAGAUCAUUGCACUCCACGGCGGUCAGAACGUUAAUGGCGCGCAACUGUACCCUCAGUGCUUGAACCUCAAGGUUGGAGGUAGCGGUUCCGUUAAGCCGUCUGCUGGUGUUCCAGGUACUAGCUUGUACACAAAAGACAUGCCUGGCAUUGUGUUCAACAUCUACACCAACCCCACCACUUACACCUUCCCUGGUCCGGCUCUGUGGACUGCCGCUAACUAAGUCAUGGUGUCCAAACACUGUGUUGGAAACAAACAGGAUUGGAGAGCUCUGAGACGCGGAUUGGUGAUGUUCAUGGUAGACGAUGUGUGCUGACUUCUCUUCGUGUUUAUACUUGGU